CCGGAAGUAAAUCUUUGUAAACAUCGUGCGCUGUUCUGUGACUGUGGUAAAAUGUGAUAUUGGUUACUGAAACUUACUUUAUUAUACUUGAAUUAUAGUUUAAGAGCAAGACAGCUUUCCAAAAUGUAUUACCAAUGCUGUUAAGCUGGCUAACAUAAACGAAAAGCCUGGAGUGGAGCUUCGAUUUUUGAAACUAUUGAUGGGUUUUGGUCUUCUACAUUCAGCGUUUUCGGCGAAAUUCAGAUAUGUCGAAAUCUGAGUUUUUGUCACUUCACCAGGCACUGAAAAGGUCCUUUCAGAACCUGGAGCAAAACCAGAAGUUGUGGAAUGGUAUGUUAGCUGAGUGCUCGCCUUUAAUGGUUUCCCUUGGUAACCUGGCAGAGCAGCUUCACGCGCUUCAGAACGUGCAGUUAGAGCGAACGCCCCUGAAAGGCUUCCCCGACCUCCGCGAAAGGCUCCGCUUCAAGCUGCUUCAGGCCGUGGACACGGUGAUGGAGAAACUCUACGAGAAGAUGGCUGCUUUGCAGGCAGUGCGCGACGCAGUCAGCAACCAGGCCGCAGCUGUAUUCCAGCUGUACACCCAACAUGCCGAUGCCCUCGACAUGGCCACCUGUCUUCAGCGGUCAGCCACCUGCCCAUCUGUGGCAGACAUGCUGGAAUGGCUGCAGGACGCAGAGCGCCACUAUCAGUGGGAACUCCUCAAGAGAAAGGCCCUGCUUCAGAUGCUGAAGCCAGGUGACCUUGCUUACUUGCAGACCUCACCCAAGAGGUGGGAGUCCCUGUCCAAUCGCGGGAGAGAUGACAUCAUCACAGAGACGCUGUGCAGAGUGGCGCUGUUUAGGGAAUCCCAGUGAAAUGGGCACAUGAGGAGUAGACCGCCAGCCUGGAGGAUUCGCCUGCUUGUCAGGUUGCAGUUGAGGACGACCUCGUCUGCCAGCCCCUCCAAGAUGGAUGGAGCCAUGACCAAAUGUGAGAGGAUAUGCUGUGGGCAAACUGAAUUUCAGACAUCAGCGUUAUGGCUAUCUGCUAAAGUGUGUUGGUUUAGCAGCUCUGUACUCUUCAGUGGACAGCCCAGAUCAUGUUUUUGGUCUGACACAGAUUAAUCUUUUGUGUAUAGACAGCUUCCCUAGAAAGCCCCUGGAUAAAAUCAUACUGAAAUCAAUACCGAUUUUAGCUCAACCUGAGCUAUAGCAACGGUUUUAGCUACAUAAUGAAAAUAAAGUACCAGUUAAGCGUG